UUGUUCAUUUUCCAGUAAUCAUUCUAAAUUCGUCGGUUUUGUUCUUUUGGAAUGAUCCAUUUUCUAUUCUCCAUUAGUAAAGCUAUAUCAUUAAGUGCUUAUAGAUACAGUUUAAUUCAUAUCGUUUUUUAGUUAUAUUGCCGGUGAAUAAUCUUUAUCGACAAAAGAAAGUAUGAAUCGAUUUCGUAAAGUAAAAGACAACAGUAAGAAAUACUGUCUAGUGAGGUUUAUUGAGGACAAAAUUCUGUACAUAGUACCUACAAGGCAGUUGACUCCAAUUGAAGGAGAUUUGGUGUGGGCUCCAUAUAAAAAAAUGGGCUUUUAUGAAGCUCAUAUAGUUUUUCUCAAUAAUAAUAGAAAUAUAUUGGAAAAAAAGAAACGAGAUAUCCAAAUGAGUGAAGAUAUUGAAAGUCUGAAUGAUAUGAAUACUGCAAUUUCUACAUCUAAUCUCUGUGGUAAUGAAGAUAAUUCUAGAUGUUAUCCUACAUAUGAGGCAGAUGAUACAAAAAUAAAUCAAAAUAUUGCAGUUUCUGAAUGUGAUCUUAGUGUGGACAGAGAUAAUUCAUUACAUGAUCCAACUUACAUAACAGAAGAUACUGAGACUGUUAAUGUCACAAAAACAAAUAAGCAUCUGAAGACGGAUAAUUUAAAACCAAGUACUUUGAACUAUAGAGAGCUGAAUAUUAUUGAGUCAAAAUCGAAGAAGCACUUCUGUAAGUUUUGUUUGAAACUGCAAACAAAAUUCGCACGCCAUUUGGAGCUCAAACAUAUUGAUCAAGAUGAAGUUAAAUCUAUUUUUAGCCUUCCUAAGAAAGACACUACUCGGCUUAGACUCAUCAGUAAAAUUCGAGUAGAAGGUGACUUUAUUUAUAAUACCCAAGCAGAAUGCAAUAUGAAUAAUGACCUUAUCGUCGUUAGACGUCCUUCUGCAAUGAAACAAAGAAAAGGAGAUCAUUUUAAGCCGUGUGCUAAUUGUGGAGGAAUGUACUCCCAUUUGUCCCUAAUAUCACACUUUAGGAGGUGUAAAUUGAACAGGUUAAAAGGAAGUAAAGAUUCCUCAGUAUCAAGUAGACAAAAAAGUUUAUUUGUUUCUGUAGUGGCUAGUGAUAUCCUCAGAUACAAAAUACUUCCAAUGCUCCGCAAUGAUCAAGUAGCCCAAACUAUAAUAUCAGAUGACGGAAUACUUCUGUUUGGAAAUCGUUUGGCCCAAAAAUAUAGGUCACCUUUCUGA